GCCUCUGCCGCUCAUCUCUCAGCCAGACGGUCUUACGCUACAUCGAGAAGGGCAAAACAUUCUUUCGCCAUGAGUAAGUUGCAAAGUGAUGCCGUGAGAGAAGCGAUCUCCCAACUAAUGGGCGAUUCAAAGGAGAAGAAUCGCAAGUUCACUGAGACCAUUGAACUUCAAAUUGGGCUGAAGAACUAUGACCCGCAAAAGGACAAGCGUUUCAGUGGUUCUGUGAAAUUGCCUCACGUCCCGCGCCCUAAGAUGAAAGUCUGCAUGCUUGGAGAUGCCCAGCAUGUGGAAGAGGCUGAGAAAAUUGGCAUGGAGUAUAUGGAUGUGGAAAGUUUAAAGAAACUCAACAAAAACAAGAAACUUGUGAAGAAACUUGCUAAGAAGUACCAUGCUUUUUUGGCAUCCGAAGCUGUUAUCAAACAAAUCCCUCGUCUACUGGGCCCUGGUCUAAACAAGGCAGGUAAGUUUCCUACCUUGGUGACACAUUCGGAAUCAUUGGAGAACAAAGUUGAUGAAACAAAGGCUACUGUGAAAUUCCAGCUUAAAAAGGUCCUUUGUAUGGGUGUUGCUGUUGGUAAUGUGGCAAUGGAAGAUAAGCAGAUUUUCCAGAAUGUUCAAAUGAGUGUGAAUUUUUUGGUAUCAUUGCUGAAAAAGAACUGGCAAAAUGUAAGGUGCCUGUACCUAAAGACCACAAUGGGAAGGCCUAUUCGUAUCUUUUAAUUUAUGGUCUUUGUAUUCUUUAUUCAAGUUCUUCCAAGGAGACAUGAUAAUUUCUGAAAGUUAUUAAUGGGUACUAAGAACUGUUGAUCAGCCUUGUACUGCAGUUUUCCAAGACUUGUUUUUUGCAGCAUCUUGCAAUUUGUUUUGUCUGUAAUUGAUAUGCUAGUUAUACUUGUCUACUGUUCUCUUU